AUGGAGGCUAGAGUGCCACCUGGAGCUGAUCUAACAGAGGAACUCCCGGGAGCUCUCUCUCUCUCCAGGAGGGCUCUUUACCAGGAAGUGGGUCUGACAUCAGAGACCAUCGUGACUCAACCUGUAGCUGCGAACCUUCAGGAAAAGCUACUCCAGAGGUUCAAAGUCUACUAUAAGGUUGCCAUAGGCUCCCAUGAUAGACGCCCUAUAAGAAGACCGGAAGGAGAAAUCCCGAAGGAUCUUCUUGAGAGUGGUAAUGCGGUGCUGGUUCGCAUGCUAGAAGAUCUACCACCCUCGAAUGGGAAACGGUUCAUAACCAGCUUGAACGCUAGUGUAUAUGCUACUGCUCGUGCAAUAGCUGUCACUGCGGACGAGCUGAGGCGAGAUCGGACGACCGUUGACCCCAAACGCCGUCUUAAGGAGCUAUACGAACAACGGAGAUCGCAGUUAAGAGUCGUUUCGAUUCUGAGCAGCGAACUUCGGAGACGCAAAGCGCUUCGACAGCGAAAGGAAGAGGCCAUGCGCGAAAGGAAGAGGCCAUGGCCUAGCUGGAAUUAUCUCCGAGUAGCUGAAGCGCAUAAAAUCCGACGUCGCGGAGAGUUGGGGCGAGUUUCGAGAAAGUCCAGGCUUUCAACUGCCGCUUUGCCUCUGGGUGACACUCUUAGCCCGUUGCUAUUCUGUCUAGCCAUAGCAUGGAUCCAGGCACACGUCAAGCCGUACCAAACGAAGACCGGUUCAGGGCCCCGCUCUGACGGCGCCUUACAGGUUAACCAUGUGUUCUACAUGGACGACCUUAAGGUGUUUACACCUGAUUGGGAAAGCUUGAUGGUGGCCCGUAAGGGGAUCCAGCGAGUUGCUGGGAGGCUUGGCCUGGAAAUGAACAUGAGUAAGUGUGCAAUACGGUCGCUCAACUCCGAAGACAUGGGGCGAGAUCGAGCCGAUGAAGUAGGUGGAAUACCUAUUCUCGGAGGCACCGAGGUCUAUAAGUAUCUGGGGGCUGAGCAAACUGGAUUGAUCUGUUUCGAGGACCUAUGGCAUCGAGUCGCAGAACGGCGACGGCUGCGGCACGAAGGUUGUUCUUCAGUAAGCUGA